GUUAACAUAGUGCACAACAAGUACCAAAUGUGUCCUUUAUAUAUGCAUAUACGGUCAUCUUCACUAGUCACAAACAUUGGUCAUCAUUAAUCACCAAGCACCAACAAUAUCGCCUCAAUUCCCCAUUUGCAUGGCAUGAGUAAUACUCAUCACUUGGCAAUAAUUAACUAGAGAGCUUGAUCCAUAGAUCGAUAAUCGUCUCUUUAAUUAUACACAUCGCUAUUGAAGUCUCACCGAACAGCUUGAUAUAAUUUCAUUAUGGCUCCGGAAAAGAAGGCAAUAGAGGGAGUUGAAUGGAGGAUAAAUGUAGGAGAUGGGUCUUCAAAGAGUUUAGUAGAGGAAGAAAGAUUUGCAACUAGGAUUUGGCUUGGUAUAAAAAGUUUGAUAUUGAAAUUUUUGAUAUUUUUCAAGAAAGCUAGGGAUAUUGGUGCAAAUGAUCCAAGAAAAAUAGCUCAUUGUGUUAAAGUAGGGAUGGCACUUAGUGUUGUCUCACUUUUCUACUACGUGAGACCUUUGUAUGAUGGUGUGGGAGGCAAUGCUAUGUGGGCUAUUAUGACUGUUGUGGUAGUCUUUGAAAACACCGUUGGUGCAACAAUAUGCAAGUGUUUGAAUCGAGUGUGUGGAACUUCUCUUGCUGGAAUGCUUGCUUUUGGUGUCCAUUGGGUUGCUACUAAAUCAGGAGAGAAAUUUGAGCCUUUAAUUGUUGGAGCCUCAAUUUUCAUGCUAGCUUCUGCAGCGACCUUCUCUCGAUUUAUUCCGUCGGUUAAACAACGAUUCGAUUAUGGUGCCAUGAUCUUCAUCCUGACGUUUAGCUUGAUUACUGUGUCUGGAUACAGGGUGGAUAAAUUGUUUGAAAUGGCUCAUGAUAGAAUAUCAACCAUUAUUGUUGGCACAAGCUUGUGUAUUUUUGUAAGCAUGCUUAUUUGCCCCAUUUGGGCUGGUCGAGACCUUCACACUCUAACCACCACCAAUAUGGACAAACUUGCCAAUUCCUUAGAUGGUUGUGUGGCUGAGUAUUUCAAUUCUAAUGAAAGUGACGAAGAAUCUGAUAAAAAAAUACUUGGCUACAAAUGUGUUCUGAGCUCAAAGGCUAGCGAAGAAUCCAUGGCAAAUUUUGCCAAAUGGGAACCUGCUCAUGGAAACUUCGGGUUUAAACAUCCAUGGAAACAAUACCCGAAAAUCGGUGCCUCCAUGCGCAACUGUGCCUACUGCAUCGAAGCUCUUACUAGCUGCAUUCUUUCAGAAAAUCAGGCUCCUGACUUGAUAAAGAAUCAACUAAGAGACGUGUGUCUGAAAGUGAGCUCAACUUCUUCUACUGUCAUAAGAGAGCUAUCGACGACUAUCAAGACAAUGAAAAGAUCAUCCGACAUAGAUUUCUUGUCCGAAGAAACGAGCAUUGCAGUCGAAGAACUUCAAGAAACCUUAAGAACUCUAUCAAAUCUACAUAAUCCACCAAUCAAUAUCGGUGCAGAGACGAACUCUGCUGCAGCUGAUGAAACAGAUGCGACACUAGUCCCUCUUAUAGAAGUUAUUCCAUUAGUAACUUUUGCUUCUUUGCUGAUAGAAAUUACUACCAGAAUCAAAGGUAUUGUUAAUGCAGUCGACGAACUAGCAAAUUUAGCGGAAUUCAAGGUAGAAGCUGAUGAAAAUUGCGAUAAAAGUCGAUCAAAUAACAGAGUUGAACAAGAUUUAGAUGAGAAAACUAUGAAAACUCUUCAAAAAGUUUGAGCUUCUUUAAUAGUUUCUUGCCUUAAUGAGUUAUGUCAACCGCUAGAUAUGUGCUUGAAUUUUUACAAGCUGAGAAGUUAUAUCAGAAUCUCAUCAAAUUGGAUUAUAUCCAUUGUAUGGUAGCUUUAGUAGAAUUCCUGAUGAACUAUUAAUAAUUGUCAAAAUCAGGAAAAACACUGUACAUGUUUUUAUGUAACUAUCAUAAAAUCAAUAAUUACAAGGACUCGUAUA